GCAAAAUAUAGACAUCCUGUGAAUUUAAGAGAAGAUCAUCUUUAGUUAGGAUUGUAGUAUUAAUGAAUUUAACCCAGACAAUUAUAAUACGGUUGACAUCAAAACCAGUUUCCAUAAAAUUCCCAUGUAUUUGCUUCUGAAAUAUGCAAUAAACAUGCAAACCUCAGACAACUAUUAACGCUUCAGCAUGCUUGGCUGGAUUUUGUUGGUUGUCUCAAAUAUUGUGUUUACAAGUGCCCAAUAUGAAGUUCCAGAUGCAAUUGUAGAAGCUUAUCAUCCUAAAGGAUUUUCUGUAUCCAUUCCUGAUGAAGAAGGAAUUAAGCUGUUUGCAUUCCAUGGCAAAAUUAAUCAAGAAAUGGAUGGCAGGGAAGCUGGAACAUUCUCUAGGGAUAUAGUAAAGCCUAAAAAUGGUUUAUGGACUUUCAGAGAUACGGUAACAAGGUUGAAAGUUGGUGAUAUCAUAUAUUUUUGGACCUACGUUGAUUACUUCGAUGGAACUAAUAAAUUAGGAUACCCAAGAGACGAUCAAAUGUUUACAGUAACAGAACUGUUGAAAAAACCUAGUGGUAAUAGUGGUAAUAAUGGUAAUAAUGGCAAUAGUGGUAAUAAAGGCAAUAAUGGUAAUAAAGGUAAUAGUGGUAAUCAUGGAAACUCUGGCAAUAUUGGACAACAGCAACCAACUACAGCAUCCACUACAACAUCCACUUCUACUACUACUACUACUACAACUCGACCACCUGAUCCACAUUCGGUACCAACAGAGCCUUGUGAAGAAACUGUAACAGUUAUAAAUAGUGGUAUCCGUACAUGUAAAGGAAAACUGAUUUUCAACGAACCUUUUAACAACGAAGUCCGUAAAAAAUAUUGGACUAUUGAAAAUAGGUUAGGUGGAAAGCCUGAUUAUGAAUUUGUGUUAUAUGGCAAUCGCAGAGAGACAAUAUUUGUGGCAAAUCAAUCAGUAGUGAUUAAACCUAUUUUGGCAGAAAGUAUUUAUGGACCUGACUUUGUUAAUACACCAUUCAAUCUGGGGGACGAAUGUACUGGUAUUAAAGAUACUUCAGAUUGUCGCAUUACACCAGAUGCUGGAUUCAUUGUUCCUCCUGUAUUAUCUUCAAAAAUAACAACAAAAAAUAAAUUUUCUUUCAAAUAUGGGAAAAUUGAAGUAAGAGCAAAAUUGCCAAGAGGAGAUUGGAUUUAUCCAAUAAUUACUUUAACGCCAUCUUCAGAAGAAUAUGGCCCGAAUUAUGAAUCUGGACAAAUUACAAUAGCUUUUUCUCCUGGAAACGAGGAUUCACACACAACAGUUAAAGGAGGUGUUGUCUUAGGAGCUUAUCCAUCAGCUAGAUAUUAUGGCAUUAAAAGUGUUAGUCAGAAUCAUGGUUGGUCGCUUGCUUAUCACAGAUUUGGCGUUAUUUGGAAAACAGAUAACAUUGUAUUAACCGUCAAUGAUAAACUCUAUGGUACAAUAUUUCCUCCUGCUGGUGGAUUUUCAACAUUAGCGACAUUGUUAAAAUUAAAAAAUGCGAACCGUUGGCAAAGUGGAUCUGUUUUAGCUCCUUUCGAUAAAGAAAUGUAUAUUUCUAUUGGAGUAGGAGUAGGUGGAUUUAAUUUUGAAGAUAGAACUGAUGGCACCAAACCAUGGAAGAACGGUGAACGUUUAAGUAUGAAAAAAUUCUAUGAGGCUCAAGAAUCGUGGAUUAAAACUUGGAACGAAGAUAGUUCAUUAUCAGUUGCGUCUGUAAGAGUAUGGGCUUUGUAAUAAGUAAAUUGAAUAAUAUUGAG